ACACUCACGCACCUUUACCCCCUCUCCAUUUUUCUGACACAAUCCAAAUGCAUUAACAGCAUACAAGCUACAAUUAACUACUUUUAACCAUAAUCACAACAAACUUUAAUCUCCUCUCAAAUCAAAGCCACACCCAACAAAUUCCAGAUCACAUAUUAAUCAAAAUUUUAUAAAAACAUCUUAAUUAAAUCCCCCUUAAAAUGUCCCUAAUCGCCGAGGCGCCAAGCUUCCUCCAAGUCUUCUCCGACGGCACCGUCGUCCGCACUGACCACCGAGCCGCCGCCUGCUCCGCCACCUCCAAGGAUGUCACCAUCGACCCCUCUAAGCCCAUCACCGCCAGAGUCUUCCUCCCCUCUGCUGCCGCGCCGCCGGCACCACUCCCGGUGCUCCUCUACUUCCACGGCGGUGGCUUUUGCAUCGGCUCCACCACCUGGCUCGGCUACCACGUUUUCCUCGAAAACCGCUCCGCCGCCUCCGGAGCCAUCAUCCUCUCUGUCAACUACCGCCUCGCCCCCGAAAACAAGCUCCCGGUCGCCUACGACGACUGCUUUGCCGCGCUCCAGUGGCUCAACACUGCCGACCUAUCCCGUGUUUUCCUCGCCGGCGACAGCGCUGGAGGCAACAUUGCCCACAACGUCGCCAUAAAACUCGUUGGAGAAAAAAAUACCAAGAUUUCAAUCAAAGGGAUUAUACCGAUCCACCCGUAUUUUGGCAGCGAGGCGAGGACAGAGCUGGAGGCGGAAGCAGGCUCGGUGGAAGAGGUCAAGAUGAACGACAUGUUUUGGAAGCUAAGCUUGCCAGACGGGAAAGAUCGGGAUUUCCACAGUUGCAAUUUCGAGAGGGCGGAGGUGGAGUGGGGGUUGUUUCCGGCGACAGCAGUGUUCGUUGCCAGAAUGGAUUUUUUGAAAGAGAGGGGAGUUAUGUAUGAGGAUUAUCUGAAGAAGAAAGGUGUGAAAAACGUGCGUUUACAUGAGGCCGAGGAAGAAAAGCACGUUUUUCACGUAUGGAAUCCGAACUCAGAUGCUGCUGUUUUGCUCCAAAAUCAGAUCAUAAAUUUCAUGCAAAGCUUCUAAUUAUGAUUUAUAAAAGUGACAUUGGUGCUUUAAACACGAAUCUUAAUUGGCAAAACAAAUGUAAACAUUGUUCUUGGUUGAAUUCAAAAUACUUGUUCA